AUGACACCUACGAAGGUGAUGAAGCAUCGAUCUCAUAACAAUUUUCACCGUUCAAUAGAAGGUAAAUCUCUUAUGGUGCAAUUUGGUCAAGCAGGGUUGAAACCUUCUCAGAUUAAAAAUGUUGUUAAUACAAUGAAAACCUCAAAUGUAGCUUAUGUAACUUCAAAGCAAUGCGUCAAUGUCUUAUCUGAGCAUCGAAAACAACAUAGACGAAAGGAGUUAUAUGGACUUAUAAAACAUUUUCAAGAUAAAACAUUAGUUGACAGUGACCAGUAUUUUGUCCUGGAUUUGUCUGAUGAUGGGUAUCCUAGAAAUAUCUUUUGGGCUAACGGUAGAUCAAGAGAUGCCUAUACAAAAAUCAGAGAUGUUGUGUUUGAUGUCACUUAUAUGACUAACAAAUUCAAGAUGCCUUUUACUCCCUUUACUGGGGUGAAUCAUCAAACACAGUCUAUACUUUUUGGUGGAGCAUUGCUUGAAAACGAAAAGGAAGAGACAUUUGAACUGUUGUUUUGA